UUGAGAGUGCAGUAAUUGUUAGGUAGCAAAACAAGUAUGAGAGAGAGUUUCCUUCAAGUAGUGUUCUUGAAGUUGUGUAUCUCUUGUACCCACCCAUUAUUUUAGUAGAAGUUCUUAUUGUUGCUGCCCGGUGGACGUAGGUCUUGUCGAACCACGUUAUAUAUAUCCGCUAUUUCUUUUCCUUUACUCUUUUAUUUCCUAGCAUAUUUAUCCUUUUGUGGUUGGAGUUAUUACUUCCAUUUUAUUACUUUUCCCAAUAGUGGUAUAAGAGCUUGCAACAAUAACAAAGCUUGCAACUCGUCAUUAAUCUUCAUGUCCAUCGUGGCCAAUUGAUUGAUUGUACUUUGGAAGUUGUUGAGGUGCUCAGUCACUCUAUCACCAUCUUUGUACUUCAUAUUUAUAAGCUCUUUGAUUAGAAAAGCUUUCAUGGCAGCGGCCUUCUUCUCGAACAAGGACUCAAACUUCAGCCAUAGUUCAUGUGUGUUGGUUUCAUUGGACACAUUGUGGAAUACACUAUCAUCCACCCAUUCGCAGAUAUCACUAUGCCAAAAAAGCUAUCAGACGACACGCAUUAGACGACAGAAGGCUGAUUUUCUGUCGUCUGAGUUUUUCAGACGAUAGAUAAAUUAAAUGUGUUGUCUGAAUACCCAGAGAAACCAUACUUGUUUCAUUUUGAAAAUAUGAUCAGAUUCAGACAACACAUAUAUGUCGUUGUAAAAGAUGAAAAUAUUUCAUAUAUAACCCUAGCAAAAUUUUUGAAAUUCCCUCCAACUAUAUUAAGUGCUUUCCCUCUCAAAGGUCCCAAACCUUGGCUCAGAAGUCAAUGGGGUGAUAUUCAGACAACAGUUUUAAGAAAUUGUGUUGUCUGAAUAAUGUGAGUUUGACUUUUCUUUUUAGUCUUUUUUGACAUAAACUGUAAAACACUUCGUGUUCCCACACUCAGCAGCUCUGUCUAAAACUGAGACUAUAACCAAAAACUUGAAAAACACUCCGUCUCUCUUUCUGCUAUGCUUUCUUUGACUGCUCCCAGUCUUCUCUCUUCGCUCUCUUCUCAUCUAAACUCAAAAUCCAGACUUCGUCAACCCUAGUUUUCUUCGACAAUCACAGAACAAAUUCAUCCCCAUGUCAAUCACUUUUUGAAACAAACACAGAGAAACCUCUUCCUGUCACUCGUUUGCUCAUGUUGGUAUUCAAAGUGUCGAUUUCAUCGGGCUUUAUUUGGAAUUCAAUUUGUGGAUUUAAAGCACCGACAGCACCGACCGUCUCACCGACAACUCUUGCUCCGGCGGCACCCGUUUCUCCAGCAGCUUGCCCGUCCAUAAAUGGGUCGUCACUAUUUCAAGAAAUUAUAGACAGGCUUGUUGCUGAAGGUGUUCUAUCAAAAACUGGAGAGGACAGUUGCAGAAUUAACAGGAAGCCUGACCAUGAAUUCAUCAAGGCCAAUGAUUACUUUUACAUGAAGGGGCUCUAUUGGUAUCUUGAACUUAUAAAUGUUGCUCUAAUGGAUUUGAGGUAUGAAAUGCAGAGGGCAACCUCUUUUGUUGCUCAAGCCAUGGCUCCCCGGUCUAUCAACACAGCCAAAGCUAAAGCAAUAGCACUAAGGAUGAAGGCACUGAAAAUGAAAAGAGGUAAAAAAACAGUGUCGAAACCAGCUGUUGAAGAGACUGAUGCACCACCUAAAUUUGCCUUCACCAAACAUGAUCAAUAG